AUGGCAUUCGUUUGUGUAAACGCUGUGCUCAUGAGUGGAAGAGGCACUUGGAUCACAGCAAGGUGCGAUUGGACGGUUGGGGAACUGAAGCGACAAGCGCAAAAUUCCUUGCAAACUGGACGUGGCAUCUUGGUCAGCUCAUCCGGGGAGUUCCUACGAGACGAAGAAAACCUUCUCGAUGCAGGCGUGAAGAUGGGUGAUAUCGUCUCGCUGCAUUUGAGGGAAGUGCACAUCGCGGCCACAACCAAUGCAUUUUGUGCUGUUCUCGGCGACGGACGUGUCGUGACAUGGGGCGAUUCGAAGUAUGGCGGCGACUGUAGCUCAGUCGGCAAGCUGCUGAAAGAUGUGAAGCACAUCGCCGCUUCCUUUGCUGCCUUCGCUGCUAUCCUUAGCAACGGAUCUGUGGUUGCUUGGGGGAACUCGGGUUUCGGAGGCAAUAUUGGCCCUGUGGCGCACCAGCUGGGCAAUGUGGAGCGAAUCAUAGCUUCAUGUGGCGCCUUUGCUGCCAUUUGUGCGGAUGGAUCCGUCGUGACUUGGGGCCACGGCAGCCACGGCGGCGACAGCCGAGCCGUCCAGCAUAGGCUCCGGCAUGUUCAAGAGAUCCAUGCUGCACACAUGUCCUUUGCUGCAAUUAUCGACGAUGGCUCCGUGGUUACCUGGGGCAACCCUCUCCAUGGUGGGGACAGCAGCGCUGUCGAAGACUCGCUCAGGAAUGUUCAUACAAUUGAGGCGACGAACGGUGCUUUUGCUGCUAUCCGCAGUGAUGGAAGCGUCGUGACUUGGGGCCAAUCCAAGCAAGGUGGCGACAGCCGCGCUGUGCAGCACAGCCUGCAGAACGUGCGAAACAUCAAAGCCUCACCCGGGGCCUUUGCCGCCCUUCUUGUGAAUGGCUCUGUGGUGACUUGGGGGCAUUCUGACCACGGUGGUGACAGCAGCAGUGUGAAAGAUCAGCUGGUGGACGUGCAGCAACUCGAGGCGUCCUUUGGGGCAUUUGCUGCAGUUCUCGGUGAUGGGUCUGUCGUGACCUGGGGCAACCCCCAUUAUGGCAGCAACAGCGACUGGGUACAAGACCAGCUCAAGCAUGUUCGGCAAGUCGUGGCGUCGGACGGCGCAUUUGCUGCGAUUCGCCGUGAUGGAACUGUCGUAACCUGGGGCAAUCCCGCCCAGGGUGGUGAUAGCAAAGCUGUCCAAGAAGAGCUACGCAAUGUCAGGCACAUUCAAGCAUCCCGGAGAGCCUUCACGGCUAUUCUGGAGAAUGGGUCGCUGGUGACUUGGGGAGACGCACUGAGCGGGGGCGACAGCAGCUCCUUGCAGCGUGAGCUGAGGAGCCAUUUAUAG